UUUUCAAGAUGGCAGCGUACUUAGCAACUGCAAGCAAAAAACAUUUGGCUAACUUUUCAGGUCAUUUUUGAGCUUACAACCGAACCAGUAUGGACGAAAUUCCGUACUCCAAAGAUCUCUUCGAUCAGUUAACUCUUGGUGUCGUAAAAUCUCUUGAAAAGAGGCCUGGGAUUUGUGAUAUAACACUCGUUGACCUGCGGCCGGCAGAGCGCCACCAAGUGGUCUCAUGGGAGCAGCGCAACUCAUGCAUGCUGCCGGACGACCUGAAGCGGUUCUACCUGACCUCAGAUGGGCUUCUGCUGAAAUGGAACGUUAGAUUUGAUGAUCAGUUGCAGCCAGUGGGUUGGAUGGAAAUUAACAAGAUCAGUAGUCUAACCAAGCUGGCAGGAAAUAAAGCGGCCAGCAAUGCCAACGUACCGUCGCUAGCUGACAUGGACUACGCAAGUGAUGAGGAGCAGUGUGAUGCAGAAACUGACAUUCUUCCCAAGCCCCAUUUUGACACCAGGAGCCGUAUCUUUGAGCUGGAUCCCUGCCAAGGCACUGCCAAGGUUUGCCUGGUCUACAGGAACACCAGGCCAGGCACCCCCGCCCAGCAUCCUGAGAUCUGGCUUCUAGACAGGGCCCUGCGGUGGCAUUUCUUGGCCCGUACCUUCAGUCAGUACUUCCGCAUGAUGCUGACCCAUCUUGGCCUGCCCCAGUGGCAGCACGCCUUCACUGACAUCGGUCUCAGCCCGCAGGCCAAGCAAUGGUUUAACCUCUAUUCCCCACUUCGGAUCAGACUGGAUUCGGAAACAAGCGUGGCCGAUAUGGAGCCAGCCACCGACAAUGGUUGGAAUGUUGCUAAAGAAUCUCCUAAGAGCGACCUGGCUGAAGUCAAUAAACUGGACGUUGGGCGAGUAUUCAAAGGGAAAGCAGACAAGAAGUCAAAAUCGUCUCAAAGCAAGAAAAAAUAUGGCCAAGUUGGAAAACCUCUGUCUGGAGCCACGGGUAACCGGUCCAGUUCUCAGUCGGGCGGGGGCCGGCUUCGAUGACCCAGCUAGGAACACUGUGAGGCCUCGAGAUGGACUAACUUGUACUGCCAAACCACAUGUUGUAAACCAACUUCCCACAACGUCUGGCAUCCUGAGAUCGUCUUUUACACCCACUGGUUUCAGAACUAAGACAGCAGCCACAGAGGGAAUGUGUGGCUAUAUGGAAUGGACAUGUGCCCCCGUCAUGACAUUCAAAGCAAACAAACUGGCCACUGAGUUGACAUGGCAUCCUGAACAGCAGGUUUGUGGGUCCAUGGAAUCAUGCUGUGGAUGACAGUUGAUGAUUUGAUGAGAGGUACUUGACAAGACGGUGUUCACAUUGACCUCUCUGACUGGGUAAGAGCCUAUUUCAGACCCAUUUCACCAAGUUGGUUACAAGAAAAAUUAGGGUGGCUUACCGGUUUUGGGGAGAAAAGCAAAAUUCAGCUGAGACUUUAUAAUCUGAAGAUCAUAAUGUUAUUGCGGCGCAUGACCUUAUCACAACUUGUCCAAUAACAUUUAACACAAGAUCUGUAAAAUAACAGAGCGCUGAAAAUUUUAACCAUUAAAUCAGUUUAAUUAAGGAGCCCCGAGUGAAUCUAUUAAAAUCUUAUUCAACUUAAGGAUGCUGUAAAAAGCAAUGUUAUAUGAUUCAAAACUGGAAUGUUAAUCAAAGCAAAGUUAUACGUUCUUUACUGAAUUAAACUGAAAUUGAGUCAAACUGAUAUAAAACUUCAUUGAGAUGUUUCUUCACAUUAGUGUGAAAUGUAAUGGAAGAAUAAGACACCUCGAAGCAACUUGGCAUCAUCAUUAGCAUUUAGUCUGCCCUUCAGUUAGUGUCAGAUGGCCUGGCAUGUAAUGAUUUGCCGCUUUGUUUGGAAAAAUAAUGUAAACUGUCUGACGACAUCUGGUGCCCAACUGUACUUUCAACCUCUGCAUACAUGUAGCUAUCAAAUUUUGUUACUUGGCUUGCCAAAUGGAGUUACUCGACUCUCAAAAAGACAAUUUGGCCAUUCAGGAAAAUUGUGCAUAGUGCAUAGCUGUCAUGUCAGGUGAAAUAACUCCACUCUCACAGAGCCUAUUUGGCCAACCAGAAAGAUAGUGCAUAGCUGAUCUUUUUACUUGGCAUGUCAGAUGGAAUAACUUUUCUCUCACAGAGGCAAUUUGGCCAUUCAGGAAAAUUGUGCAUAGCUGAUCUUUUUUCUUGGCACAUCAAACAAAAU